UGCCGGUAAGAGCCGCUGAGCGACUCCGCUCCGGGUGUUCCCGCCGCCCGGUCCUCUCCACUGAACUCCAACCCCCGCGCUCUCUAUCAGCAUCUCAUUCCUGUCUCAAUAUGUCUCAAGAUGGCGGCCAAUGCAGGAUCGAUGUUUCAAUAUUGGAAGCGCUUUGACUUACAACAACUACAGAAAGAACUAGAUGCCACCGCCACACAGCUUGCCAACAGACAGGACGAGAGUGAACAGUCCAGGAAGAAACUAAUCGACCUGAGCCGCGAGUUCAAGAAGAAUACACCAGAGGAUUUACGGAAACAAGUUGCCCCUUUGCUCAAGAGCUUCCAAGGAGAGAUUGAUGCGUUGAGUAAGAGAAGUAAGGAAGCGGAGGCCGCCUUCUUGAACGUGUACAAGAAAAUAAUCGAUGUUCCAGAUCCUGUACCUGUGUUGGAGCUGGCUCAGCAGCUGCAGCUGAAGCUCCAGAGGAUGCAUGACAUUGAGACAGAGAACACCAAACUUCGAGAGACACUGGAGGACUAUAACAAAGAGUUUGCAGAAGUCAAAAACCAAGAGGUGACCAUUAAGGCCUUGAAGGAGAAAAUUCGGGAGUACGAGCAGUCUCUGAAAAAUCAAGCUGAAAACCUGGCCCAGGAGAAGCACCUUCAACUACACAACGACUAUGCAGAGAAGGAGAGGAAACUCCAGGAGAGUCAGGACUCGAUGUCCUCGAGGUUGGAAGAGGCCGAACACAAGGUCCAGUCCCUACAGACAGCACUUGAAACAACUCAGGCCGAGCUCUUUGAUUUGAAGACAAAGUAUGACGAGGAAUCCACAGCAAAGGCCGAUGAGAUUGAGAUGGUGAUGACAGAUCUGGAAAGAGCCAAUCAGCGAGCAGAAGCAGCACAGAGAGAGGCAGAGUCACUCAAAGAGCAGCUGUCCCUGGGUAACCAACCCCAGCAGCUAAGCAGCCCGACCAAAGCCGACCCCGACACGGAACAGGCAGCGGAGGUGGCAUCCCACUCAAGUCUGGAGGCGGAGCUCAGGGCCAAAGAAAGGGAAACCGCUCAGCUGGUGGAGGACGUCCAGAGACUGCAGGCCAGCCUGACCAAACUCCGAGAGACCACCAGCUGCCAGAUUACACAGCUGGAGCAACAGCUCAGCAGCAAGACUGCCGUUCUUAAGGAGCUGGAGGAGAAGCUGCAGAAGCAAGCUGACUAUGACGAGGUGAAGAAGGAGCUGAGUAUCCUCAAGUCUAUGGAGUUUGGAACAUCAGAAUCUGUACAGGACUCGUCCAAACCUCUGGACGUGCUGUUGCUAGAGAGGAACCGUAGUCUUCAGUCCGAGAGCGCCGCUCUGCGUAUCGCCAACACCGACCUCAGUGGGUCAGCCGGGCGAAAAGGGACAGAAGAGUCCUCAACGAAGGAGGAGGCCAUGCCCAGCGAUCCCUCUUCUUCGCCCCCUCCUCCCCCUCCUUCUCUUCCUUCCUCCUCCCAGCUCCCCCUGUCUCGCAGUCAUGCGGACACCCUCAACACUGCCACCACCACCAGCAGCGGUGAAGCACACCCUUUCACUCCAACGGGCAUUGGACAGGACUUCUACUCCCCUGUGUUUCCCCUGGUGGGUGGUAAGAUGGCUUUGAACUCCCUAAUUCAGCGGCAGCUGCUCCAGACCUUCUACUCCAAAGCUUUGCAGGAGUCAUCUGGAAUCCCCAGUGGGGCUCUACUGUUCACCCCCUUCACUCCAACCCUCAGCUCCAUCCCUACCUCUACCCCUGGUUCAGGGUCUGCCGCCAUCCCUCUUGCAGCCAGCAGCCCCCAGCCACCUCCAGCCAGUCCAGACAUGGCUCCUGUAAACGGGAGCAGCACUGCUGGCAGCGCGCCGUCACCUUCGCCCAAUCACUCUGACACCACCACAGGAAGCGUUUUGGACGGGGAGGACAUGGACACAGCGGAGAUUGCCCGGCAGGUGAAAGAGCAGCUGAUCAAGCACAACAUUGGUCAGCGUGUGUUCGGGCAUUACGUGCUGGGACUGUCCCAGGGUUCAGUCAGUGAGAUCCUGGCCAGACCAAAGCCGUGGAACAAGCUCACCAUCCGAGGGAAGGAGCCUUUCCACAAGAUGAGGCAGUUCCUCGCCGAUGAGCAGAACAUCCUCGCGCUGCGCAGCAUCCAGGGACGACAAAGAGAGGGCUCAGGCCAGCCCCAGCUUAGCCGAGUGUUUCAGGAUGUUCCGAAGCGGAGAGCCCUCUCCGAUACAGCCUCGCACACAGGUAACAUUACAGCCCGCGUCCGCACCCCAGAGGCAGGUUCAGAUGAAGCCAUCAAGUCCAUUCUGGAGCAGGCCAAACGAGAGCUGCAGGUGCAGAAAGCUGACUUGUCCCAUGUUCAGCCUUCAUACACGGGCCUGAAAGGAGGGGGUGGGGGCGGCGGAGGGGGCAGCGGAUCAGAUGAAGCCAUCAGAUCCAUCCUUGAGCAAGCUCGCAGAGAGAUGGAGGCCCAACAGGCGGCACUGGAGCCCAUCCUCAAAGCUUCGUCUUCCUCGACUGCAGCGUCACUAUCUCAGCGGGACCUCCUGAACUCUCCACUCACAGCUCCCCUCCCCCCCUACAACCCCUUGGCACUUUCCCUCAAAAAGCCUCACAGCUCCCUCUUGUCCUCGCCCUCGUCGCCGUCGACCAUCCUGGACUUCAGCUCCGGCAUCAAGAGAGAGGGCAGGGCUUCUUCAGGGAUCGAUCUCUCUGCCGACGGACCUCUCAGGCUGGGUCGGGGCUCCGAUAGCUCGGCCCGCUCUGGAAGUUCAGGGGGAGUGGGUUACUGGAGAGAGCAGUGGUGGAGCAAUAUGCACACAGACACUCGUAAGACCUUAACCAGCCAGACAGCAGAGGAAAACCACAACCAUGAGGACUCCAAAGAGGGAAUAUUGAGUGACAGUCUCUCUCGACACAAACCAUGGAACAAGUUAAACCAGAGGAGCAGAGAGCCAUAUCUCCGCAUGCAGCCGUGGCUCAAUGGAGACCAGGGGCAAAACACACACACACAGCCAGCUCAGAACCAAGAGGGUACGCCCAAGACAUCCGCGAGCUGCAGCCCCGCUCCAGAAUCGCCCCUCAGUUCAGCUGAGGAGUCUGUCAAUGGUCUCGCUGGGGAUCCGCUCGCCUCGCAGUCCUCCAGUCUCAAACCCCCGUCUGAUGAUCCCUCGGGUGGGGAAUCUCAGCCCGGCACCCCGUUGCCCCUUCCAGGUCACUCGGGCCUCAGCAUCCAGGAGAUGGUUGCAAUGUCUCCUGAGCUCGAUACUUACGCCAUCACCAAGAAGGUUAAGGAGGUGUUGACUGAUAACAAUCUUGGCCAGCGUCUGUUUGGGGAGACUAUCCUUGGUCUGACUCAGGGUUCUGUGUCAGACUUGCUGGCCAGGCCCAAACCGUGGCACAAGCUCAGUCUGAAGGGCAGGGAGCCGUUUGUGCGCAUGCAGCUCUGGCUCCAGGACCCACACAGUGUGGAAAAACUCAUGGACAUGAAACGCCUGGAGAAGAAAGCUUACAUGAAGCGGCGGCUCAGCUCUUUGAGUGACAGCCACUCAGUGGAUGGGGUCUUGGCGGGGACAGAUUACGUGCAGGGCUCCCAGAGCCCGGGACAGCAGCAGCUGAAGAAGCCAAGGGUGGUGCUGGGUCCUGAAGAGAAAGAGGCUUUAAAAAAGGCUUACCAGCAAAAGCCCUAUCCCUCCCCGAAGACCAUUGAGGAGCUAGCCUCCCAGCUCAACCUGAAGACCAGUACUGUUAUCAACUGGUUUCAUAACUACAGGUCACGUAUCCGGCGAGAGCUUUUCAUAGAGGAGAUCCAGGCAGCUGGAGGCGUAGGGCCUGGAAGUGAGGGGGGCUCCCCUUCCCUCCGUGGGUCCAAAUCUGGAGAGGGGGACAGCUGCGACGGGACAGAAUCUGAAGGCACAGUGGAGACGCGCCAGGGACUGAGCAUUGGACUCGAGGAUCACAGAGGAGCAUGCAAAGACCACGACAUGGAGGCUGAGUCUGAAGCAGGGGGCUCUAAUAACUCCCCUGCCCAGUUAGACUGCACCAUGCCAGGCUCUAGCUGUGGACAGGGUGGACUGGGGCUUUUCAGCCUCACGGAGGCGUCCUCCAGUAGCUCUGCUUCUAGUACUAACAUCCCAGCCUCUGGCCCUGCCAGAAACCCCAGAGACAACAAUCUGCGCAAGAAGAAAGCAGCCAAUCUGAAUAACAUCAUCCACAGGCUGGAGAAGGCUGCCAGCAAAGAGGAUCCCUCAGAGUGGGAGUUCUAGCUCCCUCUGACCAUCCUUCAUCCCUCUUGUCUCAUAACCUCACGACCUCUAACCUUGGACCCCUCCUGCUCUGUUCCAGUCGGAGAGUGGACACAGCCAAAGUCAAGCUCAGCAGCCAUUUUUAUUACAUAGCUUUCCGAAAAGCGGAAAGAAUCAAAGAGUGGUUGGCAAAACCCUUAAAAAAAGAAGAUUUACUGAAUACCUAGAAGAACAAAAUAAGAGAACUUAAGUGUCUCUCCUGUUUUUUUUUUUUUAAACUGAGUUUUGUUUUUGUACUGAGAAAAGCACUUAGCCGUCCUGCUGGCCUCUGGCCCUGCUGUACCUCCCCUAUCACCAGCCACUGGUGCACCAGACUGGUUAGUCCUGAGCUGGGGUCUGACCUGCAGCUGGGGUUGAAAACUGGACUCAGUUACACAGGCAAGGCCUGACACAGCAGCUGUCACAGUGAUAGACACUGAUAGAUGAUAGAUAGAGACAGGAACUCUCUUACGAGAACUCUCACUUUCUUAAAGGAGAUUUUUUCCGCUCUUCUUCUCACCUCCCAAGUGUCCACAAACCUCCCCUCACUCAGUGAGACGCCUCAUUUUUCACACUGUAGAGUGACUGUUACAAACCCUUUGCCUUUUUCACUCACUGCGUGUGUAUGCGUGUUUUUUGUAUGUUAGGGGUUGUGUCAGUGUGCACGUGUGCGUGUGCGUGUGUCUACACACCAAAAAAACGGUGCGUAUGUGUGUUCUCUUCUCAGUGGCAGCAUGUUUUCUUUUUUAUCUCACUCCUGCACUCUUAUGAGGGUGGUGGAAGGCCCUGCCGGCUGAGCUGCCAUGGUUACUGAUUUAAGGAAGACGAACUUUGACCUGUUGUGUCCCCUAUCCUAUCCUGCUGACAGCCAUAUGAUGGCCAGGAGGAUCUCGAACUCCUCACUACCACACGCACUCAUCUGAAGAGGAAGGAAGGAAGGAAGGAACCCUCUUUUUGCCUCCUUAAGCCCUUCUUUUAAGGAUGAAGGAUGAUCUCUUUUUUUGAUAUUGCAAUUUGGUUGCCAAUAAGAGAUUGCACAGUCUAUUGACUCUAAAGAGUACAAAAUAGGGAAUUCUAGGAAGCAUUUGAAUUAGUACAAAACAAGAACACGAAAAAAAAAAGCGGAAAACAAGUUACUUUUGGGGAAAAAAAAUGAAUUAGAAUGGAAUGAUGUUGCAUUGUUGAAAUACGAUACAAUGAAUUCAAGUAGUACUGUAGCUGUCUGACAUGGUGAUGCUAUACGUGUCUCUUGUUGUUUGACGUCGUGCACCGAUGCAUCUUAGCCCAGCACUGGACCUGCUGGCUGUGUGUGUCUGCACCGCCGUCAAGUUUUCUCUGUUCACACACACGCACACACACACACACACACACACACACAUGCACACACACAUGUUUUUAUAGGCCAAAUCAGGAAGCGCGUGUGUGCGUGCAUCUCGUGUGCAUUUGUACUUGCCUGCAUGUAUAUCAGGGUCGAGGUCAAUUCACAGGUGUAGGAAGCGGGUUAGUCGCUGAAGACAUCCCUGAGCGAAAGCGCGAUUUUGCCCGAUGAAUCGCGGCGUACAGUAGUCGUUGGUGACCUUCAAAGUGAAUUCACCUCAGCCUUGGUGUGAGUAGUUACCACUCUCCUCCAGUCUUUCCUGUAUCCAGGGAUGUACGUCUUUUGCAUUGAAUUCUACUGUAAACACUACAAAUUAUAAGGCAUAUCACCUCCUCCCUGUCCCACACAAGCCCUCAGUGCCUGUCAGCCCACUGCCUCCCCUUUGUGCGUGACUGCCUGUGUGUGUGUGUGUGCGUGUGUGUGUGUGUGUGUGUGUGUGUGUGUGUGUGUGUGUGUGUGUGUGUGUGUGUGUGUGUGUGUGUGUGUGUGUGUGUGAGAGAGAGAAAGGAUGGAUGCGUGCACACGCGUGCCCGUCGAUCCACGCGCGUGCACGGGUGCGUGCGAUUGAGGUAUUUUAAGUGUUUCCAAUGAGUGGGGUCAUAUUUCGUAUCUACUUGCACACACUACUAGUGCACAACUGACACCCUUCUUUAAGCUGUUUGAUGCGUUACCAUUACAUUAAUCUUCUCACAAAGUAGUGUAAUACUAUGAUUUACUGUAGCUUGGUUUUAUUGCUAUUUUGCAUUUAUAGUUUGGUUUUUAUUCUGCUUAUUUAUAGGUGCUGUAUUUUUCAUUUAAUGUCUUAUCAUUUGAGUUGUCUAUUUUUUAAGGGAUUAUACUGUUCCUGAGGGCAAGUAACAUUUUUAUUAGACGUAUAGACUGCCGGCAGUAUUGGUUAAUAUUUACGAAGAUGUACUAGUUCUCAUUUGUUUGUAUAUUCAUGAAUCCUAAAGUUUAGUGUCAUUUGAAUAGCUUUGAGAAAUGUGUUUGCUACAGUUCAUGCUCCCGUCAGCAUAAAGCUUUUACCACAACAGUUAUGCCCUUAAAUUGCUAGCUAGAGAAUCAAAGGACAUAUCAAGAUCACUGAAUAUAUGAUAGCAUAUCUCUUUUCCUCUUUUCUAUUCUCCAGUAAUGUGUGUUUUGGCUGUUUCUUGGCCAAGCCCGACACUAACGCUCGGCAGGGCAUGCAGCUUUUGUUUAAUUUUACUUUUAAAUAGGGUUCACCCGCUCUUUAAUCGCGUUAACAUGAUUAACAGGUCCAAUUGCAGACACUUUGUCGAAUAGGUCAAAGGAAAUUACCUAAACACGUUAACUUGAAAGAGGUCAUAUCUGCCAAAUUGAGAUUAGAGAAGUGUACCAGCUAGCAGGUGUGCUACGCCACAUUGAGCAGAGAUAGCCAGCCUAUGAUUAUGCAGAAUUUCUAUUGCAGUCCGUGAUGAAGCACUUAUUAGGAUCUUUUUUGAAGACGUAAUCUGGGACAGGGUCUGUAAACACUACAACAGAGUACGAUCCCGGGGAUUCUGGGAAAUGUAUGCCUUUUUCUUAAGAAGUGGUUGUGAACCAAGCACAGACUCUUACCUGCACCCUAACACUAAAACCCUAAAGUCACCACCCAUGUUUUGUACCUGAUGAACAUACGCACCAUAAGCAGUCCCCUGUUUCAAACUACUCGUCCGGGUGCCAGAGAGGGCCGUUGUCCUGUACAGUUGUAGGUACUAUGAGUUAUCGUCUGCUUUUGCUUUCCCCUCGGUCCACCCUUAAGGUUCUGCUCCUCUUAAUAGUACUUCCAGACAAAUUGGCAGCCAAUCAAAAUCUACAGAUAACCCCACUGCACUGCCUUAAGAUGCAUUAGCUAAAAUUGGGUUCCCUCCGAAUUUUACACCUAUAAAAUUCCUCAACAUUGGCUCUUCCUGCAGACGACUGAUGUGAGACAUCAGUCUUUUGUAGAACUCUGAAGGCUCAUUGCCGUCUAUUGGACUGCUUGGAUUGGACACCCACGGCAUGUUUUAUGGUGAUGAAUGGUUACUGUAAAGCAUAAGCACUUAAUCCAUUUGCUGUUUUAUGACCAGAUCCAUCAACUCACCUAAACCAUGUGAGAUCAUCAGAUUUGUGCCUUUAACUGCCAAGCAGGGCACCAAACUAGUGAUGUCAUUAGAUUGAGACGAUUUCACCUGAUUUGUUCAUAAUCCGUCCGAACAUCUGGAUCCAAACAUGCCGCUCGCUUCAUAUUGGUACGUGACCGUUGACGCUUCUCAGCUCUCUGGGGAUGGUUGUAUAUAGCAGCUGGAAGACAGUGAAACAGCGAAAAGGAGAGAACAGACUUGUGUGUUCAUAUGACUGACCUGCAGACGCGCUUUGGUCCGGGUCUCAUUUCAAACGGUUGUUUUCCCACAAUGCAUUUCUUACGUUGUACAUAACGUAUCUAGCAACGAAAGGCCAGAGCAUUGAAUGAAGGAGGAAGCAUGCAGAAACAGCAUUCACUGUAAUAACACUGAAUUUAUUCAUAGGGCAUUUUGUAUUUUUUUCUGUUUGUGUCAGGUUUGCUGUGACAUUUGAUAACGGCACUACAGGUAUUGAUAAUGACGUGUGCCAAGUUUAAUGGUUAUUUGGAAAAAGAGACGUGUAAAUACAUUUGAUCAAGUAGCUAUUGACUCACUAUUGUCACAGAAUGCUUUUGUUUUUGAAGGCAGGAGGAGAGAAGGGACGAUUCAGGACUUUUCCAUGAUCCACAGAUAUUUUUCUACAAAUUUAAAUCAGAUGAUUCUAUACACUGUUGAAUAACAUUGUAAAGGUGUAACAGAUGCUGUAUAUCAUAUCAUGUUUUCUGAAGUCGUAAAGCUUUACUGUAUGAUCUGUUGAAGUAGUGGUUAUUCAUUUGACAUAUUAGUUGUAAUGGAAGCCCGAACAGCAGCACUGGUCACCAUAUUCAGGAAAAAAAAGAACGAAAAGAAAAACCUCAGAUGUUUUUUGUAAUACUUUUAGAAUAUAUCUUAUGAAGUGGGUUUUGUAAGGAAACACUUUCGAAUCAGUGGUGCUGUAUGCAUAGCACACUCAGUAAUACAUACACACAUAAUACAGCACAAUACACUCAUCGUUUAACCCCCCCUCCCUCACCCCAACAUAACUUGCGUGUUUUGUUUUGUUGUUGUUUUAUUUUAACGCUCACCUCUCACAUUGGCUCUGGCUAAUUUUAAGUCUUAACCCAUUUCCUCUUAUCUCGUUGGUUACUUCGCGCUCACCUGUACAACUCUUUAAGCCCAGACGUCCGCUCUGGGACAAUAAACAUUUCACUGACUACUCGCAAAACUUAGAAGAGGAAAAGCAAAAAGCCAAAUAGUGAAAUAGUCGUCCACCUCUGUUGAAAGGUCGCGCACAGUUUUCUCUAUGUCGUGUUCAGUUGGGUUCACCCAUAGCUUAAACCACAGUGUAGUCUGACAACCAAAUGACCUGGGGAGAUCUUCAGCUCCCCCUUUUGGAAAGCUUUAAGAUCCUUGUUGAGGCUUUAGCAAGUUCGGAGUGUUUUUAGAUGAUUUUUUUUCCAGCCUGUCAUCAACAAUGUGGAAGUAAUAAAUCUCAUAACUUCUCCCACUGCUUAUUUUGUGAGCGUGUGUGUGCGUGUACUUGUGUGUUGUAGUACAAAAGGCUGCAUGACUGUAAAGGGAUGGUUAAAAUGUUUUUUGAAAGUCGUUCCCCCAGCACUUCUGUCACUCCUGAGAUGCUCUCUUCUUCUUCGGGUUCUCCCUCCCUUUCAUUUUUCCUCAUGUAUCAUUGUUUCUUUAUCUUUCUAUUUACUAAACGUAUCAUGUUGUUUGUUCUCAGCACUGUAAAACAGUCCCUUCUACAACAUUGAAAAGCAAUAUCACUGUAUGAAACGUUCACAAUGUAUUUGUUAUGAUUGACAUUUGAUUCAUCAUCAUUAUUAUUCACAUGCACCCUAGGUGUGAUAAUUGAAGUAAAUCUCUUUUAUACAAA